AGCUUGCUGGUGCUACCAACUUCUUCCUCCUCGUUUCAUUUUCGCCUUUUAUUUUUCACCUUUCCGUUUAUUAUAUCAAUGAUUUCAACCGGCCUGGGCUUAACAAUGGCGUCGUUAGGCAUUAUUGGCCUGGCCUUAGCUCUCCUGUCGCUCAUCCCUGUCAAUGUCUACAAUAUUGUGGUAGCCGUCAGUGCUCUGAAGGACCUAGUAAAGUAUGAAUAUGACCAAAACAGACCGGAGUGGUGGCUUUUACCAAAAGAAUCCGCACUCUACCUUGCAUUCCUCACCGGCUCAGUUAUAUAUUCACUCAUCACAAUGGCGAUGGUGAUGCUCACGCUGGCAGGUGGUAAACGACAAGCACAAAAGGGACGUACCCAGGUAUCAGACACCCCGCACCCUGGCUUAGUCAGCCAGGAUAAUCUUUACAAGAGACAUGGAAGAACAGACAUUGAAUCAAGUCAGGUUAACCAGCCGACACAAGGUCAGACAAGUGUUUGGCUAGGUCGCAUUGGCUGCCUUGUCUUUAUCGGUCAGAUCGGGUGGGCUUUGUUCGGAACACAUCUCUUGUUCUUUACCGAUCUCGACAACAAACUAUUCCCAGCCACUGUGCGAACACUCACAACAAUUUCUGUGUUCAUUCUCUGGCUCAACUAUAUCAUCAUCGCCAUAUUCUCAUUCAUCCUCUUCUGUGCUUCAUUCUUUAUUAUCCUCGGAGGAGCCAGACGGAGGUCUCAACACCAAAAUGAUGGUACUGGCGAAAUGCAAGCCCAUCACCAGGAAACCACGCCUUUGCUCAGAUAA